AUGACUUUGAAGAGUCCUCUGCACCAGGUCAGAGAUGCUCUGAGAGGUCAGAGAGCAGGGGAAAAGGACAUCCGCAACUUGGUGUCCAAUCUGCCUUAUGAGGUCUUGGGGAAUGCGAAGCAACCCAACCGCUACUUCCUUGGCAAUGCCAUCAAGACCACUAAAUACACCAUCCUCCUGUUCAUCCCCAUGAACCUCUUUGAGCCGUUUCACCAUCUGGCUAACAUAUACUUUGUGUGCCUGGCUAUUCUGAACUUUGUCCCCAUAGUCAACGCCUUUCAGCCAGAGGUAGCUCUGGUCCCCAUCUGUGUGAUCCUCUCUCUGACGGCCCUGAAAGCCGCCUGGGAGGACUUCAGGAGGUACCGGUCGGACAGAAAGCUCAACAACACGCAGUGCUUCAUCUACAGCAGCAAGGAUAAAAGGUUCACAAAGAGCCGAUGGAAGGAUGUGCGUGUGGGUGAUUUUGUGAAGGUGGUUUGCAAUGAGAUUAUACCUGCAAACCUGCUGCUCCUCUGUACAUCAGACCUCAACGGUGUGUGCCACAUAGAGACAUCCAACCUGGAGAGAGAGACCAACCUGAAGCAGAGGAAGGCAAUGUCUGGCAUCUGCAUCCUUGAUCCUGAAUUUAAACCUGAAAGCUUCAACACUGUUUUGGUGUGUGAAAAGCCAAACAACAAUCUAAAUCAUUUCAAGUGUUAUGUUGAGAAACCUGAUAAGGACAAGGUGGGCGCUGGAAUAGAUCUUCUGCUGCGAUGCUCCAAAAUGAGAAACAUGGACCACGCUGUUGGCUUUGUGGUGUAUGCAGGCCAUGAAACCAAGUCCAUGCUCAACAACAACGGGCCAAGAUACAAGCGCAGCAAAUUAGAGUGGAAGCUGAACACAGACGUCAUCUUCUGCGUAAUUCUCCUCCUCAUCAUGUGUCUUGUUGGAGCACUAGGUCACUUCUUAUGGCUACAGGCGCUGCCCAGUGGGUCCCCUUACCUUGUCCCUGAAAGCAAUGGUCACCUGGACAGCCCCAGUCUGUCCGGCUACUACAUGUUCUUCACUACGAUCAUCCUGCUGCAGAUCCUCAUUCCUAUCUCUCUCUAUGUAUCCAUUGAAUUGGUAAAGAUCGGUCAGAUCUACUUCAUCACCAAUGACAUCGAUCUGCACGAUUAUGAGAACGACAGAUGCGUGCAGUGUAAGACCCUGGACAUCACAGAGGACCUGGGACAGAUUGAAUACAUUUUCUCAGACAACGGGACCCUCACUGAGAACAAGAUGGUGUUUCGCAGAUGCUCCAUCAUGGGCACCGAGUACCCACACAAAGAAAAUGCCAUCCGCCUCGCUGUCCUUGGUGAACCAGAGUCAUGGGAGGAUGUCAUCUUCAACCAGCGGCCACGACCCCCCCUGACUGGAUGGUCCCUGGGCAUAACCCCUUACUGCACACAACAUCACCAUGACAACCGACACAGGAGCAGCAAGGUCAAGGAAAAUGCCCAGAGCUAUGUGGCAUGUUUUAAGACUGUUUUUGUGUUAUCACCAUAUGGGCAAAAUGGGUUUUCGAGUUCUGGUCAGGCAAACAACCCACUGGAUACUUUAGUUACAAAGUCUGUCUCUCUUCCUCAUAUUUUCACCUCAUGGCAGCGCAAGCCCAAGAAAAGUCACAGCAUUUUAGAGGACUCAGUUGUAGAGGAGGACCAUUGUAACCCUUGUGUUAACAAAGAGGACUUUGAAGACACCACUGGGCUCCAAAUGUGUUCACUGCAUGCUCCAUCCGACACAAACUCAGAUAAUCUGAGCUAUGGCGAGAAUCAAGAUGAGGCAGCCCUUGUGUACGCAGCCAAGGCAUAUGGCUUCACCCUGAUAAACCGCACCCCUGACAGUGUGACACUGAGGCUACCAUCUGGGGAGGACCUGGUAUUUGAGGUGCUGGACACAUUGACCUUUGACUCCAACAGGAAGAGAAUGUCUGUUUUGGUGCGACACCCAAUCACUAGAGAGAGUGUGUUGUACACUAAAGGGGCAGACUACGCCAUCAUGGAGCUACUCGAACAUCUCAGUGGGAAGCAGAGGAAUAUAGCAGCAGGUACUCAGCAUCACCUCGAGUGCUAUGGUAAAGAUGGGCUACAUACAGUUUGCUUUUCAAAGAAGGUUGUGAGUGACAAGGAAUAUGAAAGCUGGUCAGUGAACAGACAGAGAGCUCUGGCUGCUAUAGAACACAAAGAGGAGCUUGUUAUGGACUCUGCAAUGCAGCUAGAGACAGAACUCUCCCUGCUAGGGGCGACGGGCAUCGAGGACCGUCUUCAGGAGAGUGUCCCAUACACCAUCGUGGCACUGCGGGAGGCAUGGAUACAGGUGUGGGUGCUGACUGGUGACAAGCCGGAAACAGCUGUCAACGUCGGCUAUGCCUGCAGGCCACUGGAAAAGGAAGACCUGCUGAUUAACAUGUGCUGCAAAAACAAGUCCACAGGUGAUGGUGCAAAUGAUGUCUGCAUGAUCCAAGCAGCUGAUAUCGGCAUCGGGCUAUCUGGUCAGGAGGGCAUGCAGGCGCUCAUGGCGAGUGAUUUUGCUAUAUCUCGCUUCAAACACCUGAACAAACUUCUCCUGGUUGACGGACACUGGUGCUACAUUCGACUUGCCAACAUGAUCAUUUACUUCUUCCAUAAGAACGUGGCCUACGUGAAUCUUCUGUUCUGGUACCAGUUCUUCUGCGGCUUCUCUAGCACCGCCAUGAUCGACUACUGGCUGAUGAUUUUCUUUAACCUUUUCUUCACCUCGUUACCGCCCAUCAUGUUUGAGAUUUUGGACAGAGAUGUUUCUGCAGAGAUGCUGCUGGGUGUUCCUGAACUGUACAGGAUGGGACAGGGGGCAGGGGAAUACACGUGUUCAACUUUCUGGGUCUCCAUGCUCGAUGCCUUCUAUCAGAGUCUGGUUUGCUUCUUUAUUCCAUAUUUGGUAUACCAGGAUUCAGACAUUGAUAUUUUUACCUUUGGAACUCCUUUGAACACAAUCUCUUUAUUUACCAUCCUUUUGCAUCAGUCAAUAGAGAUCAAAGCCUCAACAGUGGUUCACUUGAUAAUCAUGCUGGGCAGUGUGGCAUUGUACUUCAUUGUGACACUUGCCUACAGCGCCAUCUGUGUCACUGGUAACCCUCCAUCCAACCCGUACUGGAUCCUCCAGAGCCAGAUGGCCGACCCCAUGUUUUACCUUAUCUGCAUCAUCACCACUGUGGUGGCUCUGAUGCUUAGGUACAUGUUUCAUGUGCUGAAGAACUCUCUCGCACCCUCCCCGCUUGUGCAAGCCAGGCAUCUCGACCAGCUGGACCCCUCAACGCGGGACGAGUGAAUGAAGGAAUGGAAGAGCUUCAGGAGCACGAGCCAGGUCAAACGAUCAAGGUUGUCUCCCCCACCAUGUCCCACCAUGGAGACCCCUGCAGACAUUUACUCUGAGUCUGUUACCUCCUCUGAUGACAUGGAGGAUGGAUUCACACUUAAUGUCAUCACAGAAAGCUUUCAUAGGCCUGUACACAAAUGA